CUGAGAUUCAUCACAUCAUCAGUAACUCAUCAUACACAACAAUUGUGAAAAAUGGAGAUUGUUGAAGUUGGAAGCUGUGGGGCACUUCCUCUGCUCUCAUUGAACCACGUGUCUCUCUUGUGCAGAUCAGUGUGGGACUCUAUGAGGUUCUACGAGGAUGUUUUGGGUUUUGUUUCCAUCAAGCGCCCUUCUUCUUUCAAGUUCAAUGGAGCAUGGUUGUACAAUUAUGGGAUUGGGAUACACUUGAUUGAGAAUCCAAACAUAGACGAAUUUGAUGCAUGCAUGAAUGAAGCAAGGCCUAUUAAUCCCAAGGACAACCACAUCUCAUUCCAGUGUACGGAUGUUGGACUUGUUAAGAGAAGGAUAGAAGACAUGGGAAUGAAGUAUGUGACAGCUUUGGUGGAAGAUGAUGGAGGGAACAAGGUGGAACAGGUGUUCUUCCAUGACCCUGAUGGAUACAUGAUUGAGCUUUGCAACUGUGAGAAUAUCCCAAUCAUUCCUAUUAUUUCUUCAUGCUCCUUCAAGCCUAGAACCCACAGCUUCAUCAAGAAAGCAGCAUCACCACCUGCCAAGUGUGGAUUCAUGGAGAAUAUCAUGAUGGAAAGCUUGAGCAUGGACAUGAUGAACUUCUCCUUUUAAUCAAUCUUGUCUAUACUCUAUAUAGUUUUUUCAACUCAUUUUUAGAUACCAACAAAAUAAACAUUAUUUUAUUCUGUGUAUCUACGAAUGAAAUGAUAAACUUAUAUCUAUAUGAAAAUAUCUCAUGUUAAAAUGGAUGAACUCCACUUCCUUCUUCUUUUGUUUAUGUAAGAUAUAAGCAAAAGAUUGUUCCAUGAAAGCAGAGAAGAAUGUGGGUGGGUAAGAAGAUAGAAUUGUUAUUAAUUAUUUGUGUUUCAGAUCUACGCACAAGUGCACAAGGAAGAGUGGACCAAAAAAACCAAACUAUGUUGUGUCAUAUGGUGUUUGAAAUAAUAAUAAUAAAAUGAAAUUGUGAUU